AUGCCGCUCUCGCUUUUAUUUAGCUCUACGGUCCUCAACUCUACUUACGAAACGUAUGAUCAAAACAAUGUCAAUCACCAAGGGGAGGAGCCCGUUCUCGAGCGUGUCGAAGGAGACGUCUCUACGAACAGCGAAAUUCAGGGGCCAGGGGAACACUAUUUCGAUCACUACGGAAACUUGAUCCUUCCUGAAGUUGCAUAUGGCACUCCUGCAGCACGGCGAGAAGCACUCCUCAAGCGCAUCAUUGACAAGCGCCUUUGGGUCCACUUCAUUCGACCAGCCGUCGUGGACACCUCUCGUCGGCAGUCCAAACUCCCAGCUGCCAAGGCUCCCAAGACCGCAUCAGCAAUGCUACCCAUUGGCGUUGUCGUGGUAUUCAAAAUUCCUGGAGACGACAACGACAGUCUGGCACGGCUCCUCGACAAGUACGACGAAUUUGACAACGAGAAGCUGGCGUCUACUCUCGAGAUGACUGCCAAGGUCGUCGAGGGACUCAUGCCGAGCAUCUUUCAGAUGUCAAGGAUUGAAGCCCUUAUUGCGCCCUUUGACGAGAAGCAUGGUCCCAUCCAGCUUACGGCUCCAAGUUUGCCAUCUUCCCGUGGCUCCAGUGCACAAACAUCCAACUCUGGAUCCGAGGGCACAACCACUCCAGUGGACGCGCAGAUAGCGAGUGCAUCCUUGGAGCAUGCUUUGACCCUGAAACUUACUCGCCUCUGA